CACCCUCCAGCCACGAAUUAGUUUUUCCUGGCUCUGGUGCCUCUCCAUGUUGACAUGGUGCUGCACGUGGCUCUUGUCAUUUUGAGCCUCUUGCCACUGCUGGAGGCCCAGAACCCAGAGCCUGGCAACAUCACAGGCACAGCUAUUACCAAUGACACGCUGAUCUGGCUCUCUGGCAAAUGGUUUUACAUUGGCUCCGCUCUACGCAACCCCGACUUCAAACAGGCGGCUCAAAAGAUACAGGCAGAAUAUUUUUACUUUACCCCCAACUUGACAGACGACACUCUCCUGCUCCAGGAGUACCAGACCACGGAGGACCAGUGCGUCUUUAACUCCAGCAAGCUGGAAGUCCAGAGAGAGAAUGGGACUCUCUCCAAAUUCAAGGGAGCAGAAGAAUAUGUUGCCCACCUGAAAGUGUUCAUGAAACACAGGGGCUUCAUGCUUGCCUUUGCCCCGGAAGACAAGAAGAACUGGGGACUGUCCUUGUACGCAAACAAGCCCGAUACUGCCCCAGAGCUUCUUGAGGAAUUCCUGAAAACUGUCAAAAGUCUGGGCAUGGACGAGUCAGAAAUCAUAUAUACGGAUUGGAAAAAGCACCUCCAGGUAUGUGCCACCACAAGUGGCUCAGUCACUCUGUCCUCUUCCCUGAUGUCUCUUAGGAUAUGUGCAGUCAGCAGCAGAAGCAGCGUGAGCCAGAGAGAAAGAAGACAGAGGAGGGUCCCUAGGAAGGCCAGGAGUGGGUGGGCUCAGCUCUCUGUGUUCUGUUUUCACGCUCACCAUGCCCACCCUGUGCAUCUUGGUCCUUUCUUCACACCAAUAAAGGCUUGGGAAAACAUUCCAUAACCAUGUCUUUGCUUCAUUCAUUCAUUCAUUC